AUGGCACAAACAAUCGUCUAUCGCCAGCUGUCCAAAACGCACCGCGAAAUUCGCCUCUUGCGUGUUAAUGCCAGACCGGGCAGCGAUGGUGGGAAUGGCCCUCUGGAGUGUUUACUAGAGCAUACGUCAUUGGAUGCAGAAGUACCUAAGCCGUAUAUUGCGAUAUCAUACUGCUGGGGCACGAGUACGGAUAAAGAGAUUGUCAAGAUUGACGGCAGAGAGGCGAAAGUGCCAAAGAGCGCUGCAUCCACUCUGCACAAUUUAGCACGAGUUGGAACCAAUGAACAUGUUUGGAUUGAUGCAAUCUGCAUGAACCAGCAGGACGCGGUUGAAAAAGGUCACCAGGUUACCAUCAUGAAAGAUAUCUAUUCGCAUGCGCGCGAAGUGCGGGUUUGGUUGGGUAUCUGGAUUCGGACGUCACCAUCAGCGCCAUUGCCUCGGCCCAUUGCAUACUCAGAUGCCCCUUUACCAGAAGAUUGCGACUGGAAGGCGCUGCAGGCUUUAUACUCGUUCCCCUGGUUCACCCGACUGUGGGUGGUGCAGGAGGUGGCAUUGGCCCGAAUGGCCACUUGCUACAUUGGCCAGCACACCAUUGCUGCACAAAUUCUUAUACAGGCUGCGCAUUGGAUGGUGCACAGGUGUUACCAAAAGUACUAUGAUGGUAAUUACAUUGACGGUAUCGAAAACGCUUCCUGCAUGCGUCGUCCCAUCGGCGUGCACCUCAGCAGACAGAUCCGGCGACUGCGAGGGAAGCGUUGCAAAGACCCACGAGAUCGAGUCUAUAGCGUACUUGGCUUAUCGAACCCGCAAGUUGCCGAUCGCAUAGUACCUGAUUAUACGAUCCCGGCCGUUACGGUAUAUGCGCAUGCGCUCCGGCUUGCGUUCGAGGAGGAUGGGGGUCUGCAGAUACUGCACUUUCUCGCAUGGUGGGUCGAGAAGCCCACCAAAAGAGGAGCUUUAGUAUUUGAGAAUCCGGACUGGCCAUUCCAGACGAGGUCAUUGAACGACCCAUUGGUGCUGAGUGUUAAAGGAUUAAUUGUCACCCAUGUAGCCUAUACCAGUGAAGUGUUGUCCUCAGAAACUCUCUGGAACGGCAAAAGGCUGGCACCUCUCAUUCUGCGGUGUGUGAAGCAGACCAACAAGCUGUGUCACAAGCACGGUAAUUCGGUAGCCCAAGAUGACCUGAAGUUGACAUUUAUCUGCGGUAUAAAUGGGCUUUGCCUCGACCUUGACGCUGACGAGACCCUCGCCUCAGAGUACCAGGAGUUUGUUGAUUGGUGCAAAUCAGCGUCAGCAAGUGGCAGGGAGCAAUUUUCUCCAAGAUACCUGAAUAACAUGGGCCGCUCAUUGAACCGCCGGUUUUUCACAACAGCCAAUGGAUUGAUUGGAAUGGGCGUGCCAAACACUCAGGCUGGUGACUAUCUCUGCAUUCUUUCUGGAAGCCCUGGAUGCUUUGUAAUGAGACAGGAAGGCUCUCAUUGGAAGAUUAUUGGAGAUGCAUAUUCUCGCAGGCUUAUGAAGAGGGUCUACGUGGACGAAAUCAUAAAUCGAAACGAGUGGGAGAAACAAAGUCAAUGGUUCGACAUCUGGUAG